UCCUCUCUGUCUCUCUGUCUCUCUCUGUAUCUAUCUUUACUCUCUUUUCCUUAAUUUUACCAAAACAAGAUAAUCCAUCUUCCUCUUUGAAUCUUCAUUACCAAAUAAACCAUGCCGUUUCCGUUGAACUUGAAUGUUUUGCUUUCCUCCUUAUUUCUUUCCUCUUUCGUUUGUAUUUCCUUUUUAUGGGUCACACCAUAUUUGCCCUGAGUAGAAGAUCGUUGAAUUUGGAAUAAUAAGCACUUUUUUUUCUUUUUAUGUUUGUGGCCACAAAAUAAAUAGAGAGAUCCAUCAACUGCUAAUGUCUCCUUUGCUUUCAUCCCAGUUUUCUUGUUUUUGUCUUCGCCCUCUCAUCCCUCUUUAGGGUUUCUGAAUUUAUUGUGGUUCAUUUUUCUGACAUAGAGUAGAAAAGCUUCCCCCUUUAAUACGCUGGGCGUAUCUAUAAUUCUCCGACCUUUGAUUUUGUGAAAAUUUUAUCCUGUGGUUUUUGACCUAUGUUCGAAUGAUGAUGUAGUCCACGUCCGUUCGGGGAAAAAAAGAGAGUACUUUCUCUUGCAGUGUUUGUAGCUUCUCAAGUACUCCAGUCUAAAGUCCAGACGACAGGAGGGAAAAAAAUAUAGAUCUUCAGCUGGUUGAAGCUGCACAAAGUCACUGGGAUAAUUCGAUCAUGGUGAGAGGCAAAAUUCAGAUGAGGCGAAUUGAGAACGUGACAAGCCGGCAAGUCACCUUCUCGAAGCGCCGGAACGGGCUACUGAAGAAAGCUUACGAGCUCUCGGUCCUCUGCGAUGCCGAAGUUGCCGUGAUCAUCUUUUCGCAGAAAGGAAGGCUUUACGAGUUCUCGAGCAAUUCUGAAAUCCGAAAGACGAUUGAUCGAUAUCGUGGAUCUACAAAUGAUGUGGAUACGUACCAGGCUAAUAUGGAACAACGUAUUCUGCAUCUGAAGCGAGAAACCAUGGAAAUGGAGAGGAAGAUUGAGCUUCUUGAAGUUUCUCUACAGAAGCUAUCAGGACAGUGUCUUGGAUCUUGCUCAAUUGACGAGAUCCAAGGGAUAGGGGAUCAGCUCGAGCGAAGUUUGAGCAGCAUUAGGAAAAGAAAGGUUCAAUUAUUUAACGAUCAGAGACAGCAGUUACAAGCGAAGGAGAGGUCUCUGAGAGAAGAGAAUGCAAAGCUUCUUGCAAAGUGUCUUGCAAAUCAUGGGCAAUCAACUGCUAAUCCGAGAGCAACAGCAAUACAUAGGCGGAGUAGCUGGAGUACAGAUGUUGAGACCGGGUUGUUCAUUGGAUUGCCAGAGAGUUAAAUCGGUUCGCCAUCACCCUAAUAAUACCUGUUCAAUAGAAUAAAAUAAGAAUUAUAGCAGCAUCACUCGGUGAAGUCUUUACUUAGUUGGAUUUCCCUUAGCACUGUCACGACAAAAUAUGAUGGGAUUCAUGGUAGUCAUUUCGAAAAUCCACGAGUAAGAAUAGCGAAGGCAAAUAAAUAUCAAAUUAGAAAUGAGUAAUGACAAGGACAUAUAUAGGAAGAUUCAAAGAAAUAAAGGAAUUAACUUGCCUGCACCUUGGGCUUCACAUUUGAAUUACAAUAUUGGUAGAGCAUAUUUUCGAACUGCUUGCGUAAAUUUCAACAUCAUUGGACACCUCUAAGGUUUUUAAUCUAUUUUAUUUUUUGGUCU